AUGAAAGUGGGGGGAAAUGCUUCAGCUAUCUUGCAAAAGAAACUCCCACUUAAAUGUAAAUACCCCGCUAGUUUUGAUAUUCCUAUUGUUACUGGAAACACUAAGUUUAAUAAGGCUAUGCUUGAUUUAGGAGCAUCAGUAAAUGUUAUGCCUGCAUCUAUAUAUGAAUCUCUUAAGUUAGGUCCUCUGAAAGAAACUAGAAUUACUUUACAGUUGGUUGACCGGUCUAAUGUGUACCAUAGAGGUAUUAUUGAGGAUGUGCUUGUGCAGGCUCCAAAGCUAGAACUGAAACCUCUUCCAGAUCACCUAAAAUACUUGUAUUUUGGUGAAAAAGAGGAGUUACCAGUAAUAGUCUCUAAGGAACUAACUGAAUUGCAGGAACAAAGACUUCUUCGAGUGUUGAGGUUGUACAAAACAGCCAUAUGA